AUGGGGGAGAUGAAGCAUCAUCAUCAUCAAAUGAUGCAGGCACCAUUAGCAAUGAUGGAAAUGAGCCAAAAUGAGUAUGAAAACAACAAUCAAGAUAAGAAGAAAAGGCUAACAAGUGAACAGUUAGAGGCACUAGAAAACACUUUCCAAGAGGAGAAGAAACUUGACCCUGAUACAAAAAUGAAGCUAGCACAUGAACUUGGUCUGCAGCCCAGACAGAUUGCAGUUUGGUUCCAGAACCGCCGUGCUCGAUGGAAGGCUAAGCAGCUCGAAUGCUUGUAUGAUACCCUUAAACAAGAGUUUGAUGUUGUCUCUAGGGAGAAACAAAAGCUUCAAGAAGAGGUGCUAGCACUGAGAACCAUACUCAAGGAACAAGUUAGCAAGAAACAAGGGGCGGGCUCAAGUACAGGGUACACAUACAUGUCGGGUGAAGAAACUGUUGAGAGCACAUCAGUCGCCACAAUUCGCACCACCACCAACCACCCUCAUCAUCAGCUGACACUAGGCCAACAUCAGUCUGGCACUACCACGACUUCUGCAAUGAUCACCAAUGACAGCAACUACAUGAUGAACUAUGAUCCCACAUCAGUGCCAACACCAUCUUACUCAAAUUGGGCAGUUCUCCCAUCUUAUCCUAAUUAGAAUUCGUAGAACUACUAGGUAUCAAAUAAUAGUAAUUUUUUAUUUUUGUCUGUACUAUAAGAGAACACGUGUGAUUUUGA